GUAAGGUAAUCUUUUGAUUUAGCUGAGAGAAGUUAAAGAAAGUUAAACCGACAGUAUGGAUGCUUUCUACAUGGUUUUAUUGUUUUGCAUUGGUGGUGUGCAAGGAAGCACGCUCUUAUUGUUACUAAAUGAAGAACGGAGUGUUGCUAUGACGUGUCACCAGACGAGCAGCCCUCUUUGGUAUGUCGAUUGUGACCUUGACUUUCAGUUCGAUUCUGAUGUGAAAUUCAAAAAAAACCAUGACAAGAUGAAAUGUGAUGUGAAAUGCCAAAACCAUGACAAGAUGAAAUGUGAUGUGAAAUGCCAAAACCAUGACAAGAUGAAAUGUGACGUCAACUCAAACACUAUUACACUUCAUAAAGCAGAGAACAGUGCAAUGUAUGCUUGUGAACCCAGUUCAAAGCACAAAUCAUCUUGUCUAAAGGCUAAAUCAUUGAAUUCUGCUUUUACUAAAUGUAACUGUCAGUCUUUGGAGUUUUUCAUCGUGGCAGUGACAGAUGAUGAUGAUGAUGAUGAUGAUGAGACUUCAGAAGGGAAGACCAUCAUUCUAAUAGAAGAUGCAGCAGCACAACCAUUAACCAAAGAGCCUGGAGACAAUGUUACUCUACCAUGCAAAUUCAACCUGACAAAAAGAGCUCCUUAUACAGUGUAUUGGAUCAAAUCUGAGAAUGGCAAUACAUGUCUCCAUUCUAAUCAUGCUACCUCUAAUUUAUUUGAAAACAACACCCACUGCUGUGUUGAGGGGACCGGUUUGGAAAGAAUGAUUUACAAGGAACCACCAAAUCCAUAUUAUAGUCCCUGUGUACACGACCUUAUUAUAACUAGCGUUAGAGCCUCUGAUCGGGGGCGUUAUGUCUGUAUAGUAAAUGUGUUUGACUCCGACAAGAUCACCUCGAGGGUUAUAACCAACAUCUCUAUUGACAUCUCUACCAGCAAAAGUUCAGUCAGCACCUCAAAACCACAAACUACCCCUCAAGCACAGGAUCCAUUGCUCCCUUUGUACAUUAUCGGGGCUGUUGUACUGGCAGUUCUUAUAGGUGCUAUUGCCCUUGUGAUGAGAAAAAAGAAAGCCAACACAAAGGGUUCUACAUCUUUAAGUAUGCAAAGAGACCAGCAAGUGGUUGAGUUACAAGACACUGAUUGUACACCAUACGCUGUUGUGGGCAGAAAUAAUGUUGAAGGCGCAGACACUUCAGAGCCUUACUCUGUGGUGAGACUGGCACCGGAGUCCUGCAGCCAGGAGAAGGGAGAUGGGAUGAAUCCAGAGCGGGCAGAGCCCUAUUCGGUGGUCAGGCUGAACACUGAGUAUGAAGGGACAGCUCUUUCGUUAUGCGAGGCUCCCAAACCCUGUAACCAGCAGGGCAAUCGAGAUGCACCAGCUGACCACGAAGCCCACAUAUACGACAAAAUUGAUGACAAUCAAAAGAUAUCUAAAUGACUAAUGAGGGCACAGAGAAUGCAUUGAUAAACAAAGCUAGCACUUAUAAAACAUUUACCAUGGUCGAAUUGUAGUAAAGCACAGUAAAAGCAUUGUGAAAGCAAGUAACUAAGCAAUAGCAUACUACAGCAUUGUAAAGUACAGUCAUUGUUUAGUAUAAUCGUGUGCAAAGCAUGUUUAAAAUGUACUGGGACUUUGCUAAAGAUGUUCUUUAUGUUCAGACUGUUUCAGUUUCUCUUAAUUUUUUUAAUCCAUUAGGUAAAUAUAUCUACAACGAUAUUAUGUGAUAAUAAGAUUUUUCUAUACACAUCUACGUUUUGCAGAUGUUUAUUGUAAAUAGAUUUUAGAGACAAUGAUUUAACCUGAACUAUGAAGAUAAUUAUGGAUAUUGCUAAAGAGUGAUUUAAAGAUUAAGAAAAACAUUAUAUGAUGAUAAAAUAGAUUGAGUUAAAACAGACAGAAACCUGUCAGUGCUUUAGCUAGCUUUGCACUAGUAGGAAACGUUUUAGUUGCAGAAUUAUACUGUAUAUUGGUAUUAAUAGUUUGCUUUGUAAGAGGAAUUUUAAUUUAUGCAUUGUUUUUAAGUGUAGUUUGUUUGAACAUACUUUAAUAAACUGUGUUUUAUGAAUGUG